GGUUGAAAUUUGAUUGUCAAUCGAGUCUAGUCAAAAGCUAACCCUAGUCAACAAAUUCUUUGGAUCCGUAAACCAUGGUUACAAAAAGUGCACCCAGCGGUGUACGGCUCCAAUCGCCCUCUCUCCCUCGCUCUGGUCGUAAAUGCAUAGCCAAGUACGCGGCGUUUUGUUCUCAUUUCUAUUUCUGUUUUCUCUCUAAAUUUCCUCUUUCUCUCUUAUUCUCUUGAUCGUCAUGCGGGUUUCAAUGGCGACUACACGACAGUUUCUCGCCGGGAAGGAGUAGAAAUUUUUUUUUUUUUGAAAAUUAGUUUAUUAAUUCGAUUGGAAUAGGUUAAGUUGUUGAGUUUCAUUUGGGAAGAAGAGGAGAAAAUUGGAUCUGUUUGAUUGAUUUUGAUUUUUUUGUACUAUUUUUGGAAGUUAACCGACGUCGUAGAUUCUCUUAGGUUUUAUUUUUUGAUUUUUUGUGCUGGCUACUGAAUUAGAUGAAAAUUGUCUGAAAAUCGACCUGCAUUCAUCGAAUUUGAAGGAACAAAGCGGUGUCGUGUUGAGGGGAUGAAGAGAGUGGAGAUUGAGGUUGUUGCUAGAGAUGUGCAGCGUUGAAGGGAAAGGGGAAAAGAGGGGAUAAGAAUGGGGAUAAUGAAGGGGGGAGGAGGAGGCGGAGGGGAGAGAGUGGAGAAGUUGAAGACCUCGAGAAUGAAGCUGUGGAUGAUACGCGCCACCACAUCGGUGUUGCUUUGGACUUGCAUCGUACAAUUAACGGCUUUAGGAGAGACCUGGGGACCACGCGUCCUUCAAGGUUGGCCUUCGUGUUUUUCUCACCAUGAUUCCUCUGUUUCUGUUAUUGAAGACAAAGUCCCCUCUGUUCCCGCCCGUCUCCUUCCUCCCAAAAGGGUAUAUAAGAACAAUGGUUACUUGAUGGUUUCAUGCAACGGAGGUCUCAAUCAAAUGCGAGCAGCAAUUUGUGACAUGGUUACCAUUGCAAGAUAUUUGAAUGUGACACUUAUAGUCCCGGAGCUGGAUAAAACAUCCUUCUGGGCUGACCCCAGUGAAUUUCAAGUUAUAUUUGAUGUGGAUCAUUUCAUUACAUCACUGAGAGAUGAGGUUCGAAUAUUGAAGGAGUUGCCUCCUAGGCUUAAGAGGAGAGUGGAAAUGGGAAUGGUGUACUCCAUGCCACCAAUUAGCUGGUCUGAUAUAUCCUAUUACCAUAACCAGAUUCUUCCUCUGAUACAGAAGUAUAAAGUUGUACAUUUGAAUAGAACUGAUACUCGACUUGCCAACAAUGGGCAGCCUUUAGAUAUUCAGAAGCUGCGAUGUCGUGUAAAUUUUAGUGCCUUGAGAUUCACUUCUCAGAUAGAGGAGUUGGGUAAACGAGUUUGUAGGCUUCUGAGGCAAAAUGGCCCUUUUAUAGUGCUUCAUCUUAGAUAUGAAAUGGACAUGCUAGCAUUUUCUGGCUGUACCCAAGGUUGCAACAACGAGGAGAUAGAGGAGUUGACAAGAAUGAGAUAUGCUUAUCCCUGGUGGAAAGAAAAAAUAAUAAAUUCUGACUUGAAAAGGAAGGAUGGUUUGUGCCCUUUGACGCCUGAGGAAACUGCCCUUAUUUUGAGGGCGCUGGACAUUGAUAACAGUUACCAGAUCUAUAUUGCAGCUGGUGAAAUAUAUGGUGGAGAGAGGAGAAUGGCUAGUCUUGCUGCAGCUUAUCCAAAAUUGGUUAGAAAGGAGACUCUUUUGGAGCCAUCAGACCUUGGGUUUUUUCAAAAUCAUUCAUCCCAGAUGGCAGCAUUAGAUUAUCUCGUUUCAUUGGAGAGUGAUAUUUUUAUUCCUACAUAUGAUGGAAACAUGGCUAAAGUCGUUGAAGGCCAUCGCAGAUUUCUGGGGUUCAAGCAGACUAUUUUAUUGAACAGAAGGCUUUUGGUUGAUCUGAUAGACCAGUACAAUAGUGGAUCUCUAAAUUGGAAUGAGUUCUCAGAUGCUGUGAAGGAAUCUCAUGAAGAUCGCAGAGGGCAACCAACAAAUAGGUUGGUGAUCCCUGACAGACCUAAAGAAGAAGAUUACUUCUAUGCCAACCCACAAGAAUGCUUGCAACCAUCAUAUGGUCAACUAAGUAGCACGUGAUCUUUCUGUCUGUGGAUUGCGAUGUUUAUCAGGUUUUUUUCUGAGAGUGCUAGGUAUCAUGCCUGAAUCCACAAGGUAGUUUCUCUACAGAAGUAUGAAGAUAAUGGAGUUUUUCUUCCUAGGAGGCAGUUGUGGAGAUGAUUGGGGACAGUAAAACUUGAAGAAAGCCUGAGAGGUUCUUGCAAAGCAGAUGGAGGACACCAAAAUUUUUAAUAUAUGCAAAUAAUCAGAAGCUGAGUAUAGAAGAUCUGCCCUGCCAGUAUAGGGUAAUAUCAAAUCAAAAUGUGUUGUACACAAAGAGGGAUGCAAGUAUAGAUUUGGGUAACCGAGACUGGAUUCAUGGAAGGUUAAUCCCUUGCCCUUCUGUGCAUUUUUUUGUUUCUUUUACUAUGAUCUAAUUAGUUUAUAGCAUACAUCACAUUUCUAGAAUUCAUUGUAUUUCUUUUUAAUAUGGCCCCAUCAAUGCAGGGAAUGGUUAAAAGCAUUGAAUAUCAUCUUUACUACACUUUAUGAAUUAAGGCUUUGCUUGGUAGAGAGGAUGUAAAGAGCUUGGAAUGAAAAAUUUGUUAAUCUAAUAGUUAAGCAACAAAAUAGGAAAGUGGUUAUGAAUUUUAACCAUCGUAUUAACAAGUUUUUUAUUCUUACCUUUUUCCUUCCUUCCUACUAAGCAAAGCUGAAAUGAUUGGUACUUGACAUUUCGGGUCAAGUGACUUGGUUUUUACUUCUAGUUGGAAUAGUAUGGUAGUUUGCUUUGCUUAUCAAUGAGGCUAUUUGUCAAUUUUGCUUGUUCCAUUACCAAGGUUGGUGAGCAUUUAGUCUGUUCCUUGAAGCAGUCAAUUUUCACAUUUGAUACCGAAAGCAUAACCAAUCAUGCUGGUUAAACAUGUUUCCGACUUUUGGUUCUUUCCAUUUACUAUGAUCCAUUUUUUGUGAAUUAUUUGAAUUAGGCUUGCUAUUUAUAAAUGAGGCCAAUUUUGUUGCAGUCAUAGGAUAUUAGAUAAGCAAACCAAGGGCAUUCACUUUAACUUGGUUUUGAUAAUGCAUUAAAAAGACACUUUUGAAAGAAGGGUGACAGAUUUUGACACGCACCUAGGCAAGAAAAAGAGAAGAUCAAAGAACGAUUGACACCA